AUGGCGCCGCCGCCACCGCCGGACCGGACGGGGGAGGAGGAGAUCGGCAGGGCGGCGAUGCUCCAGGCGCAGCGGCCGCGGCGGAAGGGGAUCGGGACCCGGGCGUGGCUGAUCGUGUUGGAGUCCGGGCAGUCGCGCGUCGAGGAGAUCGGGAAGCACGCCAUCAUGCGCCGCACCGGCCUCCCGGCGCGCGACCUCCGGGUGCUCGACCCGGUGCUGUCGUACCCGUCCUCGAUCCUCGGUCGGGAGCGGGCGGUCGUCGUGAACCUGGAGCACAUCAAGGCCGUGAUCACCGCCAAGGAGGUUGUGAUGGUCAACACCAACAGCCCUCUGGUUUACCAGUUCGUCCAGGACCUCCAGCGCCGGGUUUCUAGCUCCAAUUACGCGACUCAACAGGUGAGGCUUUAGGCCGAGGUGAGAUGGUUCGGAUUCCGUGUUGUCGUCGGCGGCU